UGUACUCUGUUUACGACGAGUUGAGUGAUAUCAAGGUAUUCUCGGGGAAAAAAGCGGCACCGAGAGAUUCGGCGUUUUGCGAUACUCCUCGAAAGCAGAAAGCGGUCUCUCCGUGUUAGUAUGUUUGCGUUCGCUGGCUCACGACGGCGGAGAAGGAAGGGAAACAGAUUAGAGCGAGUGCGAAGGUAGGGGGAGUGUGGAGGAACGUGCGCGAGAGAGAAGCGGUUGCAAGAGAAGGGUGGGAGACCGUCCGUUUGCUUGCCAAACGAUCCCAAAGAUCGCGCUAGUGUCGCUUUCAGCUCGUUCGCCUCCGAGCCGCAGGCAGAGCUCUCAGUUGACGCUCAGUUCGGCUCAGCGAGGCCAGCGAGAAGAAAGGGGGUCUUUCUAUGUGUGUGAGCGUCGUGCGUGUGUAUAUCAACGCACGAUUUUCGAGGUCGGAGGCGUUAUUAUUCGUUAAAAAUUCUCCGCUGCGUUAUACCUGUUAUUAAAGGGUGGUUUUACUCGACUUGAUUGAUUAUAAAACAAGACCCGAUAAACAAGGAUUUUGGCUCGAUAAGGAAACGCACUUUCUCUCCUUGGACUUCGUGACAGUCUCUGUGCUUUUAAUGGUCGUAUUUGUGACAGCAGUGGAUUUUGUGAUUGGAUAGGCUACGACGGAUAUCAGUCGCACAUAAAAGGAACGUUUGAUGAAGUGUCUUCGAGAUCCCUUCGCAAUGGGGAUGACAGUAAUCGCAGGUGACGGAGACGGGGUGACACGCGGCUCGUACGUAGUCGGCCGCGGGACGAUGAUAGCGCAGUCAGCCGCACAGUGAAUUACGUUUUAUCCGCCAAGAGAUCGACGAUUGCCAAGUGUCCCGUCUACUACAUGUUUUAAACGCAUGCUAGCUCUAAUGUUCCGUUCUGGAUACUGAGUCCGCGUAGCGACUAACCCGACUGACAGACCAACUGUUCGCAACUCCGCUACUUUUACGGUCCGUAUAUGAUGCACACUCUCUCUAAAUCGGGCUGUGUUAUUUUGUUUUCGUUCCAAUCCUCAUUUUACAUCGUUGGACCGGCCGAUUAUUGGACGACUGUACAUAAUAUUCAUACAAUCUACUAACGGACUGCAUCCACGACGAUCGCACGUGGUACGCUCGCUGUCACAUUGAUCAUCCUGUCUGUUGCCGUCAACAUCGUCGUGGGAUCAUCGGUGUCAUCGCCGCGUGUGGAUCUUUCCUCGGCGGAUUUGUCACGUACUUUAUCGCGCCCCUGUGCUAUCCUCUGUGCUGCUUGUGCCUCCUCGCUUCUCUGUCCCUCGUUCACCUACCCCUCCACCUGUCUGCCGUGGCGCUGCACACCCUCUCCCCCGCCACCAACCCCUCAUCGGACGCGCGCGUAUUCGCACAAUUUUCUCUAUCCCCACCUUCUCCUCCCUUUGCUCCUCGCACCUUUACUACUUUCUGCACGCGUUUACUUUAUCAACUCUGUGAAUUCACGGAUCAACACGGAUCGGUCACGAUGAGCUUGCCUCUUCUCGCUACUUGGUGAAAUUUCAACUGAUCUACCACGUGCGCAAUUUAUCGCGUUCAUUGUCGUGGAAUCUGUGAUCUACGCUGUAUACUGUUCGAUCGGGAUACCAAACAUUGGCCGGGAAACAUCGUUUCAACCUGUAUUCCAUUUAUGCUCGUGUCAUCGGGACCACACGACAACACUUUGAGUGUAUUUCGGUCGAACUGUGCACGGAUCGGCUGUGAUUGUUAUUGAACGGUGAUCACGGGACCGCCAUUCACGCCGACUGACGCUGAUCCCGGCAUAAAUAUUGUUAUAACACCGGUAAUUAACCGUCAUCAUCUGCACCAUCGCCGAUCACGUGGCUUGCUCGACGGCGACGUUGUACGAUAAUGUUCACGCCGCGCCUUUAUGCGGCUCCGGCGUGGGCCAUCCUGGCUCCGUCACGCCGAUGGGGACAGCAACCGGAGCGGGGAAUUCCACCGGGGUGACCUGGUGGGCCAUGAUGAACGGUUCCCUCUACGAGGACAGCCCGCCGCCAGUUCCACCGACAGCCUCAACGCUCGUGUCAAUCCAACAGCAGGCCUCGACACCGGGUUCCCAUCAACAGGCCACAACACCAACUUCACCCGGUGCACCAGUGUCAUCGGCAACGACAGCGCCACCCGCGCCUACGGCAAGUGCCAGUUCCACCUCGCCGAGCGCUUCCUCGGUAGCGAGCAACAGCGCAGCUGGACCGCUCCAUAUACCUGCCAAACGAUUAACAGCAACACCAGGAGCCGGCGGUUCCACCUACGGCGAAGUCACUUGCGUAGAGUCCUCAGGUGCGCCAGGUGGUGCGAACGCAGCGGGCGUGAUACGACAUUCUCACUCGUCCUCAGCGGGUUCUCAAGGCGGUUGGAGUUACAGUCCGCAUCAUCCCCAGGACACUCACUACCCGUCCACGGCGGGUGAAUCGUUGAACCAUCAUCAGACUUACGGGGGUAAUAAUCCCCCUACAUAUUACAACCUGGCGGCCGAUCCUGCUUCGACCUCCGGUUCCUCUAGGGACAACCGGAAGGCCGGGGCUACUCUUAGUUUCUGGUCGCCCGCAGCCGCUACGGCUGGAUCGGCUGGCACCGCCGGUUCUACCUCGGAUUACAAAUCUUACAACUCGGCUGGUGCGGCAACGACGACGUCGUCUACUGGCGGGUCCACUUCCGGUGCCACCGGUGCAACUGAUCCAGCCGUGUCGUCCUGUCAUCAGAGCUUUUCCCAGAGCUGGUGCAAUUACGCGCCAUACACGACGGCGAGGCAUCAUCAUCCGGUCGACACGACCGGGCAUCAUCAUCCUCACUCGCAAACGGGGGUACCGUACCUGACGCCAUCCGCAGCAGACGACCGAGGUAGAGUCGCUGCUGCUAUGGUUGCUGCGGAAGGUGCCUUUCCUCACGAUGGAUAUGGUGGCCUGAGAAACUACGGAGCGCCUGAACCUGUUACCUCGAGCCCCUACCCACCUCCAGUGAUGUGGGGUUCCUCCCCAUCUUCCUUGUUUCCCGCAGGUUCGCUUGCGGGAGUAGGCGUCGGGGUUGGCGUAGCCGGAAUGGGUGUUGGAUGUGGCAGUUCCAAUCCCUUAGAAUGGACGGGCCAGGUGACGGUACGGAAGAAACGCAAGCCUUAUUCGAAGUUCCAAACUCUCGAGCUCGAGAAGGAGUUUCUCUUCAACGCUUACGUGUCGAAGCAGAAGCGAUGGGAGCUUGCGCGCAACUUAAAUCUGACCGAGCGCCAGGUCAAGAUCUGGUUUCAAAAUCGCCGGAUGAAGAAUAAGAAGAACAGUCAACGGCAGACCCAACAGCAGAACAACAAUAACAAUAAUAACAAUAGUAGCGCCAAUAACGCGAAUCAUCACGCAGCGACCGGUAGUCAUCAUCAUCCAAGUACUGCUCACGCGCCACCUUCGAGUCACCACGUGGUUGCGCAGGCGCAUCACGCAAAUGGCUCGACGAAACAUCAUCAGUGACCCGUAGCCUUCUCUGGGGUCGUCUUCGGGCAUCACCACCACAGCCACACUUCGUCCAGCAGCGGUGGCAGUCACGGAGGCAGCCAUAGCAGCCUGGUAGCAGGUCACAGCCAUAGCCUUCAUGCGCCGCAGCCCCAGACACCGCUGCCGCCGACUCACGCAUCGUCGUCGGGAACCGUGACUCCCGCCACAGCCGUGGUCCAUCCACAUGCACACGCACACGCACACGCUGGCAGCCACCAUCAUCAGCUGACGCAUGUGGCUCAACAGUAUCCUGCGCUUCUACAUCAGACGCCUCACGGCUUGGCCGCCUAAACAUAUUGGACGCCCCAGAGAAAAUUAGUCGAGACGCUUCAGAGAAAGAAAGAGAAAGAAACAUAUAUAGAGGUAGAAAGGGCGAGAUAAAGCGAUGAUAGAGAUAAAGUGAGGAAGAUAGAGAGGGAAAGAGGGAAAGAGG